AUGGACAAAUCAUACGGAUUUCAAUUCCAAUGGCCAUUCCCAAAGAAUCCUAAUGCUUUGUAUAGAUUUGCUUCCAAGGCUACUCUCAUCGCGGUUCUCUCAGCGUGCAAACUUAUCUUCUCAUUAAAAGGUGCGUCAUUUCGCGACGUAUUAAAACGAUUUUUGAAUAUGAUAAUUGUGAUUGAAUGGUCUUGUUCUGUUGUUAACGGAUUGCGGAUUUUUUGA